UUGGGCAAGGGUUUUAGAUUCAUCUGGCUCCGUCAAGCUUAGAGAGAGAAAGAAGGCAGUGGCGGAAGUCGUGGAGGUGGUGGUGCACCAGCCACCAGAGGAGGACGUAGAAGGCGGUGACAGUGGAAGAAUGGGUCAUUGAGGGCAAAAAGCUGGAGACCACACCUGGCAUACAGGUCCUCAAUUCGUCUUCGCACUCAUUCCGCCUGAGAACAGCCAUCGAUCUGCCUCGGAAGUCUGGCGGCGGCGUCGCCGGAACAUGGCGUCGCGGACGCUCGCCAAGGCUAUUCAGGAGCUGCCGCAUCGGUCUCGCUUGGCCUGGAGGACCAUCGAAGUCAGCGAGGCUGGCAAGGUGGGGCAGGCCGAGAAGGCCCUCGACCUGUUCGAGGCAAUGCCCGUGAAGAACCAGGUCGCCUGGAACGCCGCGCUGGCCGCGCUCGUCGACGCCGGCCGCACCGACUGGGCGUUCUCCUUCUUCCGGGAGAUGCCCAGGAGAAACGCCACCUCCUACACCACCAUGAUCGGGGGCCUCUCCCGCGCCGGGGCGGCCGCCAGGGCGCGCCGCCUCUUCGACGAGAUACCGGUUGAUCAGCACAAUGUCUUCACCUGGACAGCCAUGGUGUCGUGCCAUGUCCGGAACGGCGAGCCUGACAGGGCGCUCGAGCUCUUCGUGGCGCUGUACGGCGAGCUUUUUGCACGCAAGAUGCUGCCCAACGCCCACACGCUCAGCUCGCUGCUCAAGGCCUGCAUCGGUCUCCAGUCGCUCACCAUGGCGGUGCAGCUCCACGCGGUCAUCAUCAAGCUCUUGGACGAGGGGAGCAGAGUUUGCUUCGUGUGGAAUGCCUUGAUUGACACGCAUGCGAAACUGGGCUCACUCGCGGACGCCGAGAAGGUGUUCCACGGGAUGCAGUACACGGACAUCUGCUCGUGGAACAUCAUGAUGGAUGCGUACUCACGGCAUAGACUCGUCGACAGGGCUCUUGAUCUCUUCAGAAUGAUGAGGAAAAAGGAUGCCUUCUCAUGGAACAUCAUUAUAUACUGCUUAUCGGAGAAUUGCCGUGGAGAAGUCGCACUCCGCCUCUUCAUUGAUCUGGUCAGAUUGGAUGGCCGCUGUGGUGGCAAUGCCACGCUGAACGCGUCAAUUUACACAACAGCUCUGCACAUCUGCUCAGUUCUGGCCUUGCUCGAGCUUGGGAGGCAAGUCCAUGCGCGCACUGUCAAGGAGGGCCUCUGUCACAGUAACGUCUUCGUCUGCAAUUCUCUGAUCAGCAUGUACAGCAGCUGUGGUGCGGCAUUUGAUCUGGAGCAGGUGUUCGAGGAAAUGAUGGUCAGAGAUGUCAUAUCAUGGAACACGGUGAUACAAGGGCUUGGCCAGAACGGCCUUGGGAGGCAAGCACUGACGGUUGCAGAGCGCGCGCUGGAACAGAAGAUGUACAAUGGCAACACGUUCAUCGCCAUCCUGACGUCCUGCAGCCACGCGGGGCUGGUCACGGAGGGGCUGGGCUACUUCGACGCCAUGACUGAGAAGCACGGUGUGGAAUGGACGCUUGACCACUACAUUAGCGCUAUUGAUCUCCUCGGCCGGGCCGGGAGGUUGGAAGAGGCGUACGACCUGCUCCGCAACAUGCCUUUCAGGCCAAACGCAGUGGCGUGGCGCUCCCUUCUGCACUCCUGCCUGGCCCAUAAUAACAGCUUACUGGGGAGCGUCGCGGCGCAGGAGCUGAGAGAGCUGCAGCCCGAUGGCGGUGCCAACUAUGACAGACUGGUGCAGGGCUGCGGGGACAGCGGCAAGGCUGGUGAGGUCCCAUUCGAGAACGAGAAGAGUGCUGCUCACGUUCCCGGGUGCAGCUGGGUCACCUGAGUUUAUACCCUGAACAAACUUUGCAUCAGCAAAUUCACCUUCAUCCUGUCAAGAAUCUGCAACAAGCUUUGCGAUUUGGAAAGCUGUGCGAGCCAAAAUGAGAGGCUUCAAUCCAUGAAGCGAAUCCGACAACGACAAGAGAUAGGCUACAGAAGCGUUCAGAAACAUUGAGUCAGGCAAUCUUACCAUGGUGACUUGGUGAGUGAAAUCAGAACAAGAUAAACCGUUGAAGCGUCCUCAUAAAAAUGAGAUUUGAGAGUAAGGUCCCUUGAAACAUGGAAGGACUAUGAGGAGUCCACGGGCAGUGCAGUGGUUAUUAGUAAGCAGUUUGUGCUAGACGUGUAGAUUUAUAUUUUUCUUUUUUGAGACCAUAGAUGCCACAAGGAAUGAACUGCAGCAAUAUUUGGACGUGAAGCUGUAUAUAAUAAGAGUCUGGAAAAGUCAUUUCGAA